AUGGCUGCCGCAACGGAACUUUCGUUUCGAAAUAAGUCGAGUAAUUCCCUCGCUAAUGAUUCGGACAGAAGUCCUUUAAGCUGGGAGUCGUUUCUACCAAAUCAUGCAAUAUUCAAAGCGCUCGAGAAACGUGCAAAGCUGCCAAGAGAGGAGGUUUACCUUGAUAAGAAUGUCCUUGCUGAAAUGCAUGGAGAUUUGUUUCUAUGGGACGAUGACUGGAAGCAGAUACAUGUGGCUAACUUGAAGAAUUUGAAGGCAAAGAAUGAGCGCUCUUCUAAGCUACAGGUAGUAUUGAAGUAGUCAGUGUUAGUUGAGUUCUAGAAAAAACAGUUUUCCAGGGGCCAGGGCUUUGAGAAUUAUUCUGACUCAUUUCUGAGCAGGUGGCUGUGUAGCCUGUGUUGAUAAAGUAGGCAUCUGUGGGGAGCGGUGUAGGGAGUCUUAGGCUACAUUUAUACUGUACCGGUAGUGAUGCAAAAACCAUAGUGUAGUGACGCAAAAACCAUACCGGAUAGGGCUUGUGUUUACAUAUGAAAUGCAGGCCUUAAAAUAUCGGUCGGUCACGGACAUUGUCCGACCCAUUCGUGAAAUUGUCCGACGUAGAGAGGAAACCACCGGACAUUCUGUCCGACCAAAGUGAAACUGAGGUUUAUUGUUUGUCCGACCCGAGUGUAUUGGUGUCCGACCUAACUGUAGCUUUGUCCGACGUAAAUCAAAAUGUAUCCUAGCCCAGGACUAGAGGCUUGUAAGUUAAAUGGAAAGACAGAGUACUAUUGUAUAAAAGUUGAACUGGAAAUGUUGUUUUAACGUAGUCGAGCGCGGGGCGGCUAGCGAAAUGGUGAAGUGGAAAACGGACUUAAGUUGUCGAAGGCUUUUUUAAUACUGCUUUUCUGGCAAGCAAGUUAAUUUUGGCUUGAAAAUAAGUAUGAAAGAAACAAAUUAUUUAAUAUCUUUACAACAUUUACCGUUUAUUCAUUUGUGUCAUUCAGACUUAUUUCCGAGUCAAAACUGAACUGAAGGUCACCGGACAUAUGUCCGACCCAAACUCAACGUCACCGGACAUUUUGUCAGACGGCCAUGUAAAAGAUAUUUUAAGGCCUGGAAAUGAUGUAAUCGAAUCAAUUUCUGCAUCAAAGCGAUGUGGCGGUCUACUCUUCCAACUGCAUGUUGCACCGGAUUGGAUUUUGCAACGCUCUCAUUCUAAUGUAAAUACCAGUCGGAGCAAUUUUUGGUUCGAUUUGUGAUUCAAGAUGGCGCCUACGGCCUACCAAACAAUGCUAUUCUGACCUUAUUUUUGGGUAUAUCUUGGGGCACUCUUCCAAAUGACAUCUGCAAUAUUUUUGCCAUAGAAGGGUGGGGGCAGAUUCAGCUGUUUUCACUUGGGCCAUAACGUUUAGUGAAUGAAGCAAAAACCUAUCUGAUACAAUGUAAACAUAGCCUUAUAAAAAUCAUCCAAAAACUGAAAAUAAUUAUGUUGAUUAGAUAACAACACAACUCAAGCUCUGCAACCAAACUAUAAUGCAUGACUACUUUCAUUCUUCAACAAGAUAACUUUAAGAUUUAAGAUGGCAAAUAACUAAAUCAGUUUUUCGAAAUAGUAUGUCAUUUUUGAAAAUUAUAGUAAAUAUUAAACACAGUCAUGUUGUAACAACUAUGCCACAUGUGGUCAAAGUUUUUCAGAGUAACUCAAUGCAAGUACUUUUCAAUUUAGAGGCUAACAUCUUUUUCUUCCAGACCUUGCUAUGCACCAGUCCUCCCCUGUUCAACAUUAAUAAGAUGGUGUUUAGCGAGACUGGGGCAUACCUCGCUCUGAUUGGUCAGCAUGGUGUCUGUGUUGUUGAACUGCCACAGAAAAGAGGAAAGUUCACUCAGUUUGAACAUGGCAAAGAAAAAAUCAACUGCAGGUUUUUAAAUUUUUGUGUUGAGGUGUUAUGUAAAAAGCGCAAGACAAGUGAAUAAUGACUAGCGAAUGACCAUUAGAGCUGUGACUCCCAGUGCUAAAUAAGUACUGAACCAACCGAAUCUUUCAGUUCACCACACAGCUUUAUAAACACCAUUAAUUCAGCAUUGUAAUUGAUUAAUUAUUGCAUUAUCACAGAUUAUAGACAUUUAGAAUUUCAGUAAAAUUCUUUUGUCAGUGGUAGACACUUUCUGAAAUAUGGGGGAGGGGGUUACUAGUUAUCAUUGUAAAAUGUACAUGUACCUUGUAAUUUGUGUUUAUAGAUCAGUUAAUGUGGAUGAACAUUUUUUUACGUGUCAUCAAACAAUCACAAUAUUUGAAACAAAGUGGUUCCCAGGUUGUCGUGAUGAUAUCCAUCUGGUCAUCUUAACCUCAGAUAACCAAAUAAGGUUAGAAAAUGUCUGAAAUACAUUUCAGGAACAAUUACACACAAACGGUACACCAGUAUUUUUUCUAUGGCAAGUAACUGCCUGUCAAUGGCUUUCUUUUAAAGACAAGUGUUUUAAAAUUUAAUAUUUUUCAGGUUGCUCAGACACAAAUGAUAGUAGUCUAUACAGUAGAUCCUAAUGCCUUUUCACUGUUUUGAAAAUCCCAUUGUUCUCCAUGUCAUCCAGUCAUGUUUCAGUGAUCAAAAUAUUCUCUUGUCUUUUCAUUGUUUUAAGAAUCUUACCAUUCUACAGUAUGUACAUAGCAAAUAGAACCACCAGAAAAUACAAGUUGGGUAGUUAUGCCCUUCGUUGGGUAGUUAGUAGUGAUGAAGGGCAUAACAAAGUGCCGUCACUUGAAAUGUCCAAGUUCUGCUUGUAUUUUUUAGGUGGUAGUAUAUCUCUCUAUCCCUAGCUGUUGUCAUGUUAUCAUCACUGGCACAGACCCUUUGAGUUAAUACGCUAUUGGCACAGAUCCUUUGAAAUUUUGUACUUGUGUCUAUUUUUAUUGCUUCUUUACCAACAGGCUGUAUAACAUCACGAAACCUCUCAGUCCACUGGACAUAAUCAGUGUUGGCUCAGUUCCACCAGACCAAAAUCUCUGUUGUCCUGGGAAAACUACGUUUGCAGAAGCAUUUGGAGAGAUAGUGAUUUCAUUCGACUUUGCUGGGUCUGUGAACACUAAGUCAUUUAGCAAAGUACGAGGUAGCAGUGACGAUGUGGUGUAUCCGGUGUUUCUGUUACGAGAAAAUGGCGAUGUUUUGUAUAUGUUGCUUAUGUUGUCUACAAACAGGUAAGAUAGCUCUAUAAAAUUAGUGUUUUAACCGAUUAAGUUGCAGUGCUCCCUAAUAUCCCCUCUUUAUCAGGGCUUUCAUAAUUAUUCUGAGUAGGUGGCUGUGUUGAUAAAGUAUACUAGGCGGCUGUGGGAAGUUGAUCUAGGGAGUCUUAAAGUCAUCCAAAUGAAUUAGACAUAAGUGUAUAUUGAUUAGAUAGCAACAGAACUGAGCUCUGGAACCGAACUAUAAUUUAUCACUACUUUCAUUCUUCAACAAGACAACUUCAAGAUUUUUAAGAUGGCAAAUGACUAAAUCAGUUUUAUGAAAUAGCACAUGGUUUUCGAAAAUAACUUUGUUUGAAAGCUUUGUAGAAGAAAAGCAGAAUUGAUACAGUAUUUCAAGUCCUAAACAAAGUAACUGGCAGUGAACCUUUUAGCACCCGCCGGAACUCCAGGGGCUGCCAUCUUAUUUUGAAAGCACUGCUUUAUUAUUUUACCCUGUUUAAUUAACACCAGAUUAUUUUACUCUUUACCCAUCAAGAGGAGAGCAAUGGAGCUCAUUGGUUUUUAAUUAAAUAUGAAUUGAAUUAUUACAAACAAUGAUCACUUUUCUUUAAAGGGCAGUCAAUUCCAUUCAGCAGAUGUGCAGUUUGUUUACAUUUUGAAGACUUUAAUAUGGUGAACAUAGGAACAGAAACAAACAUAACCUACAUAUACUAUAACCCCCGAGGCCAAGCUUUUUUCGUUGGAUUACAGAUAUCCCGAUAUAAACGAUUCUUUUUUUUAAAUUUUUAUUUUUUUACUCUCCCACCCUUUAAUACUGGCGAGCAAAAUUUACAAUCGUGAACAUUAAAUUAAAUAGAAAGUAUUAUUUCAUGAAAUUGUCCUCUAGUAACAGAAGUUCUGUUAUUGGGGGAUGGAGCUUUGUCAAAGGAUAUAGUGACCCCUUCAAGUGUGACCUUAGAUAACCCAAUCUGUCCAUUCAUCAGCAUUGGAUGGCCAACUGGAUCAUGACGCCCUGGUCCGGCUGGUCGUUUUAUUGUGGCAGAAAAAGUUACAACCUCAUUUUGCUUCAGUUUAAGGGGUUUCUUCAACAUCACAUCAAAACCAUGAAUGUUGUCUUGAUCCGGUUGGGGCGUAUAUGUCCCAGUUACUUUGGCUUUUUUUACUGUGAGAGUGACCCGUCUUUUAUCCCCAUCCUUGUGUCCGAACAAACGAACACCAAGCAAUAGUACGUCUCUGUUUACAGAAAAACACAGCCGGUCUGGUUCUUUUUCAGCGGAAUGACACAUAAUAAAUAAUAAAUCCUCAUCCUCAAUUCCAGGAAAUCUAGAAAACCUGACGAUCUCUCCUGUUUUCCUGUUGGGCAACUUCCAUUUCAAUGCAGGCGAAUCUAUUCCAAUAAAUUUCUCAAAAAUGGGAAGCAUCUCUUCUGCAGUCAGCAAACCGGUUUUGGAAACAUGCCGAGUAAAUUCUUCCCGGCUCAUGGAUAAAAAUCUGAAUCCAUGGAUAGCCUUGCCAAUUAUCGACCGUCGGUUCUCGCCUGUCGGUUCCAAGUUCUUGCACGAGCAUUGGAAAUCAAUCCAUUUUAAAACAGCUUUAAACAGUCCCACUUCUGGUAAACUAAGUCUGUCUUGCAUCAGUAAUUUAGCAAUGGCCGUUUGAGUGAUGUUAUUGAAACUAUCACAUGCUAUCACUUUGGCUGUGUUAGAUUGUAUAAAUUUCCAACAUUGUUUUUCUAAUUCUUUCUCGUCGAAACGACUGGCUGGCUCUAAAAUGUCCAGCACAUUUUCAACCUUGAUAUUUUCCAGCAGGAAAGCAACACAUUUCUCGCUGAGCGAAGGGAUGAUAUAUUUCUUUGCCAUAUACAUGAUCGCAAUAACAUUGUCUGCGGCCAAUGUACAGUCCUCUGUAUAAAGAAAUCUCAAGAAUUCCUCCAGACUUUGCUCGUUUGUGUCAGACAAAUGAACAACCGAACCUUUCUCGGCCAACUCGCCGAAAAACAUCGCAUGGAAUACGGUACUACUCGUGCCCAAGACAUAUUUAUGUGCAUAGAAUGUCUUGUGUGAGCCUUCGCAAGUGAAGCUGAUGUCACUCAUGUCUGAAUUGUUGAACAUACGACGGUUUCUUUCUAAGAUGGUGUUCGUUGUCGACUGCCAGUCCGCGAUGGCUUGAACAAAGGCCAUUUUAAAGAAUUAUAUAAAUGCUGUCAGCUGUCGAGAAAUUAGAACGUAGAACGAAAAUGGGGCAAAUGGCGCGAAAAUAGAGUACUGUUAUUAUGCUGUAGAAAUUUGAUACAUUGGGCUAUUACAUUUAAUACCCUUACCUCUGUGCCCGUACCCCCCCCCCCCUGUCUCAUUUUCCAAGUGGGAAUUCGAAAUUUGGCCUUUUUUCCAGAGGGGUAAUUGGGAAAAAUGGAAGAAAAAUGCUUUCAGAGGGGUUAAAAUGCAAAAAUGCACUUCCAGAGUGGUUUUCAAGUCUCUUCCAGAGGGGUCAAUUACACAGAUUUUUUGCAUUCCAGAGGGGUAAAAAUCCCCAAAAGCAGAGGUCCUCGACAGGGGGGGUUGGGUUUUAAAUGUAAUAGCCCAUUCCACUUCAUCCCCCCCAGAUUUGAAACAACGUUUGAUGUCUAUGCAAAUGCAACAGGGCCGUAGCAACUGGGGGGGGGGGCAAUAAUUUCUAAACUAGUGAUAAUCUUUAAAGUUUGAGAGGGAAAUAAUGACCUAAUAAUCGCCCCUGUCUAAUCACACCCCUCCCCCCCCAUACAAAAUUGGUUCCUACGGUAGUGUGCAAUCACAAGUAUGAAAGAAUUGAUUCUGUCCCUGUGCAAGAAAGAAUAAAGUAUAAAAGAAAUAGAAUCCUCAUGGGUGUGGCAAUGGGGAGGGGAGGCGCUGUGACUUAAUGUUCUUUGUUGUUCGAUCUUUUUUAACUGAAGUAUAUAAACAUUCUGUCCGGAUAUAUGAAAACUGUGAACUGGAACAUUGCCAAAUGUUUUAUUUUCAGAUUUUUCUACGAACUUCAAGGCUGCCUGCCAGUAUAUCCCCCUGCAGAAGACAACUAUGGCGUAGACUCGUGCGAUAUCCUUUGUUUCCCAACAAACCCUGUCGUUGUUGCCAUAACAACAUGUAGUGGCGUCAUCUAUCAUUGUAUUGUUCUGGAUUCAGAAGAAGAGGAUGUAUUUAGCAAACCAUUUGUAAGCCGAGUCAAUAUCACAGAAUAAAGACACACAGAAGGUCGACACAGCCAAGAAGAACGUGACCGCUGCCACGCCAUGAUUCGUCAUCAAAAUGCUGACGCCAUGGUCCUAGCCACAGAAUAGAAAAUAGACCAGAAGCCUCACUCAGCCAAAAUUGAGUCCGAGAUUUUUUAUGCGCAAGCGCGAGCCAGCAAGUGUAAUCACGGCGCCAUCAAGCGCGAGCAACGCCAUCAAUUGCCAUCACUAGGUAAUAAAGAUUGCUGUUUUAACCGUUUUUAAAUGCCACAGGUCCAAAUAAUGGGUCAUCACAACAGGAAGACACAACGUAAAAAACAAAAGCGUCAAAUAUUUGCACAAUAAUUGCAGAAUAUGCAGCGUACACUUUGAGCAUGUUUUUCGAAUUUCAAGAAAAACCGUUGAUUUGAGGAAUUGACGCUGACGAACGCUGACGUGAUGUUCGCAGCAAGUGUCACACACGUCAUCUAGCGUGCGAAAAUCGCGGACACGAAAAUGUUAAGGAAAGGUGUACAGUGAGGCUUCUGGUCUAUUAUAUAUUCUAUGUCCUAGCCAGUGCGCGUAUGACAAGCAUUCACCCCCCUGGACGUUUGGCAUUUUGAAUAUUACCAGGGGUGAAUGCCUCUAAUAAGCCCACUGGCUAGGACUAUGGCGUCGGCAUUUUGAUCAUGACGAAUUACGGUACGCCAAAAUCAUAGGAAAAACCGCCAAGAAGUCGAUCUUCUUUUUGUCUCUAUUCUGUGUCAAUAUUCUACGACCUCGUUACUCAGUGUAUUAAAAAAACUUGAACUUUGAUAGGACACGGAGAAUUGGCGUAACUUAGUUAUACGCAAUGAUACUUACAUACAGUAUAUCUGAUACUUACAGAUACUUACAUAUAGUAUAACAAUAGACCUUUCUCCUUUUAAGUGGAAUUUUGAUCUAGACUAGCCUGGACAACAAUUUCAUCACAGCCUUGAAAGAGCAUCACAAAAUUAGUAAUAUUCCGAAGUUUCGUUGCGAAAUGUUCUAAAAUGCGGAUAAUAUAGCCUUGCGAAGUUUGCUGUUUUCAGUCAUUUUGUAUUACAAAUAGGAAAUUGAUAAUCAGUUUGAUCAUCUAUUCAGCUCUCCGCAAACCAUAGCCACGCACUUGUUUUAUUCGUAACAUUAGGUUGUCAAAGUUUCUAGGAAGCCUAUUAUUUAUGUAUAAAAACAUGAAUUUCCCCAGAUUGUAAAAAAAAACUAUCUUUGAACUUAACUGACUAUUUGAUUAUCCGUUUAUCCAUUUAUUUAACUAAAGAAUAUGCAACGAAUGAUAAGGAAUAUAUAACGCAAGAUCGUUCAUUUUUUUCAGUACAUCCCUUAUAAUGAACAGCUGCGGACAAAAUUACAAAAAAACUUUUAUCUGUAUAUUAUUUUCGUUCCUUUUUAGGAUGAAAGUGAUGGCGUGAGCAGCCAUGCUGACAGUGUGUUUUCUCAAUCAGCGUCCACGCAAUCUCUUUAUGUUUAUGAAUGUAUGGAACUUGCUCUCUCGGCAAAUUCUGAACAGGAGAAAAGUUUCGAAGAUACGGAUAAAUUCGCAACAGAAACUUUUGAAAACAAGGAUGAAACUUACACUGUGAAACUUUUUAAAGGUAUUUUAAGAGGGCAUAAGUGAAAUGGCUACCGAUUAAUAUCCAGGUGAUCUCGGAACUCGGAAAAGGCCUGGCACUAGUUGUAAAAUAGAAAUCCAUUUCUGGUUUAAAAUUACUCAAUAUCUCAUUAACGAUAUUAGAUUUCUAUCUCAAAUUUGUCCCAGACACUUAUUUCUCUGUGCAAGACACAGACACAAAGUUUCAAACAGUUUCACAAAAGAAUCAGGGCGUGACAAGUGAUCAAAGGUACGAAACUGGAUUUUUAUUCUGUUGCUAGUCCCAGUCCUUUUCCUCACCGUCAGAUCACCUGGAUUACGUAGACUACGUAUUAAAGUAUAUAUCUCUGCUUGUGUAUUUGUAUAGAUGACACUUCGGGAAAUCGCUAUCACUGUUUUCAUCCAGCUGGUAUUCACACGGUUACAUUGCCUUGGCUGAGAAAUCUUCAUCAGUUCUGUAAUGGUGAGGAAUCUACUUCUUCUUAUACACGAGAGUCACCCUUGAAUUACUGUACAGAAUCUGAUAAGGGGCGGACCAUUAGAAAUCAAAAAAAAAAUUCGUGCAAAGAAAAAUGCCUGGAAAAAAAUUCGUGCAGCCAUUACGUCAGAGAAAAAAAUUCGUGCAAGCAAACAGCAAUGUACAAAUAGUCUUGAAAAAAAAUUCUUGCAGAGGUUAAAUGCAUUAAAAAAAAAUCCUACAGAGACACGAGACUGAAAAAAAAUCGUGCCGCAUUAUAAUUUGAAUGCCUGAGUCCAAUACUGAAUCCAUGUUUUUUCUAUUAAAAUAUAGCAUGACGAUCAGUUUGACAACUUGUUAGUGUUGUUACAGUCUCCGAGUAUCGAUUUACCUGAUUAUAUGCAGAUAAAUUUCAACGUUCUCUUGCGGUCCCAGAAAGUAAAAUAUUUUUUCCACCCCUGUCGACCAGCACAAAUCUACUGUGAUGUUGGUCACGCAGUGAAAGGCCUGGGUUCUUAAAGGCGGUUCUCCACUGGGCGAAAUUUUUCGGUCGAACCGAAAGUUCUAUUGUUCAAAUUCAAGUGCUUGUAAGACAAAAGAAAAUUUCGAUUCCGUCGAAAAAUUUUGCCUAGUGGAAAACCGGCUUUAAGGUCCAUUUCCACUCAGAAAAUUUUCCGCAGAAAGAAAAUUUUGCAAAAUAUGAUUGGCCGACACGUUUACCACGUCUGGCUUUAAAAUUGGCUUAUUGAAUUCAAAAGGAUACUCUGUUGCAAAUUAGAAUGCCAGAUUUUUAUUCUGUGUUUCAGAAACUGAGCGAGUUGUGAGCUUCGAUUCGAACGAAAAUGGAAUUGUUCAACAUCUUAUUUGCACCAAUCCUGUUCCAUCGAGGUAUCUUACUUUUCUACUUUAAUUAUAAUUAAGCAAGCCUUGCCAAAUUAAAAAAAGACCAAGACUGCUCAAUGUGUUACAGGGACGGUGGGGAACAGGGGAGCUACAAAAGUAAAACCUGGGCCGCCUCAGCACCCGCAUAAGGCGCCCUAGGAACAGAUCAAGUCCUAUAUAUCAAGUCGUAUGUGUUAUGUAACCUAUAGGCAGCACUAUCGCCCCUCCCCCCGCUCGAAUGCAACCCCUCCCAACCAGAAAAUAUAUUUUUUCGCUGAACUUUGACGCUUCAAUUUUCUUUGUAUAGUUCUGUUAAUCUUAUUGGUUUUACGGUUGUGUGCGAUUGGGAACUGGGUGCUACCAUUGUCGCCUUGACUGACGCUAUGGAAUGCAUUACCAAAUCACUCAAGUAAGAACUAAUUAUAUACACGUGAUAUAUCGGGUAUGUCAUUGUAAUAUUUUACUCAAAUUUUUCUAACUUUGCUCUACUAACAAAGUAUGUUUUAUUUGGUUUAUGCUUUGAUAGAUUUUUAAAUCGUCCCCCAUCGCCUUCUCCAAUCUCAGAAGAAUCUGGAUUAAACGACAUGUGAGUAAACAACAACUUCUUCCUACGGUAUACCUACGAUUUUUAUGGCGCAAAUUAAUAUGUGAAUAUGAAACAUUCCCAUGAAACAUUCCCAUGUAAAAAUUUCACAUGUUGUAGCAAGCCUGCCAAACAAGCCGUCAAUAAGUUGUGUUCGCAUUGCUUGUCCCAAGCUGUCAACAAGUUUGGAACCGAGCUGUUAACAGCUUGUAACAGGCUUGAUGGCAUUAUCAGAUUUGCAAGAUUAUUCCAACAAGUCCGAUACAGUCAUGAUAAAACACUACAGUAUUGUUACAAACUUGUGUCGUCAACCUUGUAACAUUCUUGCUAUGUCAUGACUCUAUCAGACUUGUUAGAACAACCUUGUAUAACAAGUCUAAUAAUGCCAUCAAGCUUGUUACAAGUUGUCAACAGCUUGUUCCAAACUUGUUACAACAACUGGGAACAAGCAGUGCGAACAUAACUUGUCGACAGCUUGUGAACAAAUUUGUAACAACUUGUUUGCAGACCUGUAACAACUUGUGCGUUUUUACGUGUGUAGAGACGGUUGGUGUGUUGUAUGUUUAGCUCUAAAUUUUCAAGAAACCAAGAAAAACUUGUUUUGUAAAAUUAUCUAGACCUAACGAUUCUUCAGAACGGCUGAGCUCUGGCGGUGAAUUUGGAAACCGUAUCAAACAGGUUCUACGGCGGGAUACUUCAAAUCCUUUAUUAAGGUAAAAGAAAUGUCUUGACUUGCGCCAAGGGGGGGGGGGGGGGGGGGGGGGGGGGGGGGAGCGGGCAUGCAUCCCUAAUCAAAGGUAAAUUGUAAGUUUUGAAGGAUUUGUACGAAAUGUUUGAGAGAACUGAGUGAGUGUUAAACACUCAAACAUUUUUCUACAAAUCCUUCCAAACUUGGAAUUUACCAAUGCAAAAUUCCUACUGUGAUCGCAGAAACUUUGAUUGUGUAAACACCGGGCUUAAGUAAUGUUUAUUUCGUGUGUUCUUUUCAGAAGUUCAUCAGAGAACACCAAUCUUUCUCCCAAAGACUGUUUUCAAUUCUUAACUGCUGCAACUCAUACAUUCCGUGUGGAAUACAUCAACAGACAGAAGUUGGCACAGGAGGAAAUUGAACGAAGGUAUUCUGUAAUAUUUGAGCCCAUUUGUAUGGGACCUUUCUGACUUCGUUCUGGUCAGUCUCAUACAAGCAGCAUAAAGAGGUAACAACUUACGCGUAGAAGCUUGUCCCGCCCCCUCCCCCACCUCGUACCUUAUGGGUAAACAAGCCUUUACUAUUAUUCCUGACCAGGUUGGAUAUCCUAGGCAGGCAAAGUGACAAACAAACGGAGGAUCUGAUAUAUUUGAAUGAAGAGAAGGGAUCUUUGCAAGAACGAAUGGAGAUGUUGGCAGAGAAAUAUGAAGAUACGAAAGAUAGACAAGAAUUGAUUUUGAAAAGGUUUGUAAUUUUUUUUCCUGCAAUAUAAGUCAUAAGGUGCGAUUUCAUUCUUCUGAUGGAUGUGAACGAGUUAUGAAUGUUCAGAUGAGGGUACACAUACUACAGGGGUGCGGAAGUCUGGAACUGCCUUUCUGCAUCGGUAAAAGCAUCAACAACUAUUGCUAAUUUUAAGUCUAACUUGAAGCAUGCAAGUUAACAUCAAGUAAUCCUGCCAUUGUUUCCAUCUACCUAAAAUAAUUGUUUUGUAAUUAUUUCUUAUUUCUGCUUGUGUGAGCACGGCCGGUUGGAAGAUCACCUUUUUUUCUUUUUAUAUCUUGUACAUAAUUAAUUUUAGUAUAGAUGAAAUUGUACCGUGUUGAAAUAUAGUUCAUAAUAAUAAUAAUAAUAAUAAUAAUAAUAAUAAUAAUAAUAAUAAUAAUAAUAAUAAUAAUAAUAAUAAUAAUAAUAAUAAUAAUAAUAAUAAUAACAUUCGUAACUCGUCUACUCUUUCACAUCUUUCAGAAGAAGAGAAUCGCACUAGAAAUCGCAGGAGAAAUUGUAAGUGUAAACGCGGGCCUUCAGAAUUGUAUAUUUUUAUAAUUGAGAAUGUAUUGUAUUUAGAAUUGAGAAUGUGUUGGAGUUUAUACAGUCGAGGCAACCUGUGCUGUCUCAUGCUGAAAUAAGAAUGAAACAAGAACUGCAAGAAAUGGCUAAAAAUAUUAAAAUAUUUCAAAAAUCUUUUGAUCAGGUAUUAAGGAAGUGUAAUAUAUAUGCUUGGACAUAUGAUUGGUUGGAUUAAAAACAGAUAUUUGGUAAAAACCUACCUAAACGUUGAAAAUAGUAUUAUUCUCGUUCCAGUUACAACAGAAACGAAAAUACUUGGGCAGGAAAGAGGAAGGUAGCUGGAAGCCAAAAGCGAGAACCUUAUCAGCAAGUCAUCAAACUCAAUUGACAUCGCUGUUGAAGGAAGAGUAGGUUGAUUUACUCAUCAUUAGUUUAUCCAGUUUCUCACACUCAUUGGUGAGCGCAUUUCACAACAGGCGAUUGCCCAAUUGUUAGGGAUUCCGAGGUACCUACGAUUUUAACGUCCCUAUCCGAGAAGACGCGAACGUCUAACCAAUUACUGAUGUCAUUGUAAAGGUAGCUCUUUCUCGUCAGAUAUUUUUAAGACCUUGAGUAGAGGUCCGACCAAGAAUUGAACCCGCGUUUCCCGGCUUGAUGAUCACAAUAAGAAAACGUCUGGCGGACUAUAUUCAAUAAACUGCAGUGGUUUGUGUCUGAACUAUUUAUCUAAAUACAUUCAAAAUAAGUUCUUUGUAGGUUUGCAUGGCGAUAAAACGUAUAAUACUUUUGUUUGUGGAAACACCACGUGAAUAAGUGAAGUCAUAUAUUAUUAGCACUGAUGAAGAUCCGGGCUUACGGAUCGAAAACUAUGCAGUAAUAAAUUUUCGUGGUGUUUCCACAAACAAAAAUAUUAUAGAUUCAAAAUGCUUUGACGUUUUGAGCGACAACUCUUUUUCACUACCUACAGUGGGCCUCCACAUUUGAGAUAUAUUUUGCAGGUGAUUCACAUCCUGAAACCACGGGAGCUUAUUCCUGAAUACUUCCUACACUGGACCCCACGUUUGAGAUAUCAUUCUCAAAUAGUUCAAACACAAACCACGGUAGCUUAUUGUCGAAUACUAUACCCACACUGAACCAUGCACCACGUUUGAGAUAUUUUUUUCAACUAGUUCAAACACAAACCACGGCAGCUUAUUGUAGAAUACUACCUACACUGGACCACCACGUUUGAGAUAUCUUUUUCAGGUAGUUCAGACAUAGCGUACUACAGAGUACUACCUACACUGGACAAACUUUUUUCACUUCAUUAGCUAUUGGGAAUGCAAGCUUGUUUUAUUAAUAUUUCCCUGCCAUUUUGUUGCAUUGUUUUAACUGAUACGUUCUCUUUUUCAGAAGUGACUGCAUUCACAAUCUUGUGAAAGAAGUCCGCGACUUGAAACUUCAAGUUGGAUUCUAAGCAUUCAUUGAUCAUUAACCAUGAAGAUCUCCAGCACCGAACUGUAUUUAUUCUACAAAACAAAAUGGCGAGAAAGAUUAAAUAAGCCAUGAUGUAUUACAUACCGUAUGUUUUGGCAUCGAUGAGGUCCUCAGACGAGGAUUCAUUUAAUAAUAGAAUCUUGACCGUGUGCCAGUGUAGGUGAUGUCAAUAGUAACAAAGCUAGUAGUAUUCUUAUCUCUUUUCGACUGAAGCACAAAGGAGGUAUCGACUGUUAUUUCUUUAAAAUGCGAAUAACCACAAAUAUGAUUUUUUUGGUAUGUGUAAUAUUUGGGUCAUUCGAAGAAGAAAUGUAAUAUAUUUUAAUAAUAAAAAAUCCCAUCUUGAU